AUGGUCAGGAAAAUCAAGGCCCAAAAAGCACAGACGGUGAAUAUUUCAUGGACAAUUGAACCGUUUCCACAUGGAGGUCAAUAUCUAAUUCAUCAAACUUACAGAGGGAAAAAUCUUAUUUUCAUUAUGAGGAAAGAUAACGUUAGUUAUGGAGAAAAUGUAUCAAAGGAAAAGUUUAUAUACCUUAGCCAACCUAAUAACUCCGUAAACAUCAUGUUUACGAUAAGGGACAUAACUCUUGAUGACGCUGGAUAUUACAAUGGUGGUGUUACUGCUGAUUCUGCGUGGUCAGGUGGAGGUGUUGUACUGAUUGUUACAGACAGACCUUCAAAGCCGACCAUAACAGGACCAUUUGAUGUUGAGGUUAAUAAACACAUAACACUGCCUUGUUCAAGCAAAUCAACAUCGGCCCCUGACUAUUAUUCUAGGCUCGUCUCUUUGUCCUACACCUGGUUUGUCAAUGAAACAAAGAUGGAUGGAGAAACCAGAGAGACCCUGAAAUUCAAUGUUACUAGGGGAGACAAGUACAACAAGUACUCGUGUACAGCGACAGAAGAAGAUCUGAAGUCUGAAAGGAGUGAACCAGUACAGAUAACCCCUCUGUAUUUGGAUAAACCAGCCCUGUACAAAAACAACAGUCGUAAUUUGGAGCCAAUGUGGACUGUGAAAGAAAACAAACCUUUACAUGUUGCGUGUUUCGUAGACGGGAAUCCAACACCUACAGUUCGCCUGAUUAAAGGUCAUAGUGAGAUCGCAAACAAUACGAACAAUUCGAAAUGGACAAACUACACUGCCAAACUGUGCGAGGACACUGGUGACUAUACUUGUGAAGGAAGUUCUAAUUGGUUCAGUUCUCACAACCAGACAGUGAAAAUAGAUAUAACAUGUAAACUGCGCAUUGAUAAAAGUGUUCCACUUCAAACCAACUAUAGUUCGACGAGUGGGAACAAUGUCAAAGUAGCAUUUGCAAUUCCAGUUAUUGCAAACCCCCCACCGCAGGCUUCGGAUAUCACAUGGAUGGGACCUACUGAUCACCCACUCACAUCGACUGUCUCCCAGCGAAAUGUUGUAUAUAAACACUGGAUCAACACUUUUGUACCAAUAAAUAACCAUUCUAAUUUUGGACAUUAUGUAAUGAAAUACAAGAACGAAAUCAUUCACAACAUUACUAUAAAUGCACAAGACAGACCUCAACAGCCUUUAAACUUCAUGGCUUAUUCAUACGCCAGCGGUUACGUAAAUUUGACGUGGACAUCGGGAUUCAAUGGGGGCUCGGAACAGUUCUUUAUCUUACGAAUGAGUGAUGACACUGGAUGGAAAAUUAUUGCAAACUUAACAGAUCCCGGGAGAGAAGAAACGGUGCAUUUUGAACAUGGCCCUUUAACUCCCGGUCAAGUAAUUGUGUACCGCCUGGAGAGUUGUAAUGUAAUCAACUGUUCUAUACAAUCUGUUGAGAUGAAAGUUAAUGUCAAAGACAUCUCAAAGGCGUCAUUGACUGGUAAAAGUGAAGUGUUCUACACAGCAAUUGGGGUUUCAGCGGGAGUCUCCAUCCUUAUUGUAAUUUUGGUUGUUGUCUUGGUGAUUUUUUUCCGAAGAAGAAAUGAGAAGAAAAACAUCCUGAACAAUGAAAUCACACAAGAUGGGGCAGAAAUGUAUGCAGUUGUUGAUAAAAGUAAAACAUCAAACAAUAAGAUGAAAGAUAAAACAGGGACAAGUGGUGCGACGAAAGAUGACUAUGGCUCUAAUAGAAAUUCAACGAGUGGAAUGUACGCAGCUGUUGAUAAAAGCCUUCCAAAAGAAAACAAAUUGGAAGCUACAAUAUCUACAACGUAUAGCACGGACAAAAAAGAAGACGAAUCACAUCAUGGUACAGAAACGUAUGCCGUUGUUGACAAGAAUAUCACGAAAAAAGGUGGAGAAUCAACAACAAAGACCAAACUGAUUAAAACGAAGAAAAGUAAAGAGAAAAACAGAGGGACGAAGGGAUCGUUAGAAGAGAAAAACGCAUCACCUGUAGGCUCCCGUAAAACAAAUGACGAGGGAUUAAUCUACAUUGACGUAGAUUUUACGAACAAACCCGAAAGCUCAGACACGAACCAGAAGCCCGUAAUACACGGCGAGGAAGAUCGGACAGAGUAUACGUUCGUAGAUUUCUCAAAGAAAGCGCCACCUACACCGGAAACACAUGACAAAGAGGGGAAGUAGGAUAUGGAAAGAAAGAUGUUUUUUUUUUAAUUU